CUAGCUUAUCUACUUUGCCUAGCUUAUCUACUUUGCACUUUCAUUUGCUUGUCUUCUUACAUGCCCGUGUUUUCCGCUUAGGUAUAUUCGGUUUGCCUGAGCUAAGCCAUUCUCAUGUCAUUUGGUUUCUGAUUUUUGCUUCGAUUUUUCUUUGCCCGAGCAUUGAUUUCCUAUAGCUUCUGAUGGGAUAUUCCUAGUUCAGCAGCUAUCCUGUCUGAGCCAACCACGGUGCUGUCAUCAUGUUUGAUUUUACGCCUGAACGAACUUCAGUUAUUCUUCCUUAGCCUUGACUUCAGCUUACUAGCAUCCUGAUCAAAUUACGCGACCGACCAUGUUGCUCUCUGUCUCUUGCCAGAAAGACAGUUUGCUAAGCUCAAACUUCCUACCAGCGGCAAACCCAUCUUGCUUUCCCCUUAGAAAAGCUAGAAAGAGCUAUCAAACCGUUUGUAAUAAACCCCGAAAUUCAUCUAUUUCAGUUUCGUGUUCUUCUAUCAAAAUCGUUCGUAGUGCUUCACUAGACAAACAUGUAGUAAAACAAAACAAAAUCCGUUUUAUCCAAAAGCUGAAAACUCUGUUGCUUUCCAAACCAAAACACUUCAUUCCGAUACAUAUUCUCUCCAAAUGCCGCUCUUACCUUUCCAUCCACAAGCCUCGUUCCAUCCUCUCCAUGAUCCAUCGUUACCCCACGAUUUUCGAUCUCUUUACUAUCCCCAUGCCGCCUACUCCUCUUAAUGCUACUAAAUCAGGAUACCAACUCUGUGUUCGUUUAACCCCGGCUGCUCAAUCUCUUGCUAUGCAAGAAUUGAACCUUAAGUCAGCUAUGUCGGGUUUCUUGGCAAACAAGUUACAAAAACUCCUCAUGCUUUCCUCCCAUCGACGUAUUCUUUUGUCUAAGCUUGUUCACCUUGGUCCACAUCUUGGUUUAUCUCCUAAUUUCAGGUCCCGUCUUUGUAAUGAUCAUCCAGAUAAGUUUAAGAUUGUAGAUACCUCGUAUGGUAGGGCACUUGAGCUUGUGAGUUGGGACCCUGAGUUGGCUGUUCCGUUAAAGUUUCCUCAAGUGAACCGUGGGUUGAUUGUAGAUAGGCCUUUGAAGUUUAAGCAACUAAGACUUCGGAGAGGGUUGAAUUUAAAGAGACAUCAUCGGGAGUUUUUGAUGAAGUUUAAUGAAUUGCCUGAUGCUUGUCCUUAUAGUACAUCUGCAGAAGACUUUGCAAAGCCAUCCAUUGAGGCUGAGAAGAGAGCUUGUGGGGUGGUGAGAGAGGUGUUGGGGAUGAUGGUUGAGAAGAGGACAUUAAUAGACCACUUGACACAUUUCAGGAAAGAGUUUGGGCUACCAAAUAAGUUGAGGGCAAUGAUUGUGAGGCACCCGGAGUUGUUCUAUGUGAGUUUGAAAGGGUUGAGGGAUUCUGUGUUCUUAGUGGAGGGCUUUGAUGACAAAGGUGUACUUUUAGAAAAAGAUGAAAGCAUGGUGAUACGAGAUCAACUCAUGGCAUUAGUUGCAGAAGGAAAAAGGAUGAGACGUGAAAGGAGGAAGGCUAGCAUUAACAGCGUCAUUGUUGGUGACUAUGACGACAAUGAAAAUGAUGAAGAUGCUUAUUAUGAUGAUGGUUUUGAGGAUUUGUUUGACUCUGAAGAUUCGGACCUGGAUUAUGAUUUUGAUGAUGACAGUAAUGAAAGUAAUGAGUUGUCUGUUAAUGGGGGAAAUGGAGAGUUUUGGACUGCUGAUGUUUCCCUUGCUUCCUAUAAGAAUUCUGGUGAUGAGGGUGGAGAUUCAGAACCUUGACGGUGUAGAUGUAACCAUAAGAUAUCUCAUCCGAGCGCAUCAAGGUUCAUCGUACGGCAGAGAAGCAUUUUGCCAUGAGCCAGCAACACAACAUCAUCAACAUGCUCCACAUUGAAAU